AUGAGCUACAUCUCGACCUUGGACGAGGCGCUGGGCUACGUGUUCUUCGUCAUCAUGGACUUCAUCCUCAUCAAGAAGGCGUCGCAGGAGCAGAAAAGACUAAAGGAAACUGCAGGUGACGAUAAGGACGAGAUACAAAAGAUCAGAGUUGACAUAGUGACGAGGGUGAUGGUGGUGGCUGCCAACGUCGCCGAUUUCGUCAUUGCGGUGGCUUGCAUCGAGCCGAAUCCUUACUGCAACAAUGCAGUAACGUUAGGGAUUAGUGGAUUGGUCUCAGCUUGGGCAGGUUGGUACAGCAGCUUGCCAUCACAAAGAAUUAUAGAGACUUCAUCUUUCACCACGAUUCAAGAGUUCUUAUCAUGGCAUGACGGAUAA